AUGGAUGAUUCAACCAACACCCCUCCUUCAUCUAGUGGACCUAGUCAUUCGUCUAGUUCAGAUAAAAAGAGAAUGGUUAGAGGUUGCACUAAGAUGCUUAAAAUUGCCAAAGUUCAGAAAACGGGUGUGAAAUUGAAGAUUGAGUUUGAUCCACACACUGGGGAUUGUAUUGGUGAAAAUUCAAAUGAGUUUAGGAGUUAUGCAGCAUAUCUUGCUCGAAGUACUUGUAGUAUUUUAAUAGAUGAGUGGCGGUUGGUAGAUGUAGACUCAAAAAAUUCAAUUUGGGAUGAUCUUAAGCUUCAUUUUGAUAUCACAGAAAGUGAUGAUUCAAAUAAGUGUGAUUUGAAGAAAAAAUGGUUGAAGUAUUUGGGGGACCGAUGGAGAGCUUUUAAGACACAACUCACUUCCGAUUAUAUCACUAACCCCAACCCCAAUCGCCUUCCUCCGUAUGAAGUGUAUCCUUAUAUUAAAGAAGAUGUAUGGGAGAAGUUUUUGGAGCAUCGAAAUACCCCUACAUUUAAGGAAAAAAGUCAAAAGGGUAAGGAUAAUGUGGCUAAGAAUCUAUACCCACAUACAUUAUCUCGUGGAGGAUAUGAAUUGCUUGAGAAGAAAAUGAUUAAUGAAAAGAGACAAGAACUAGACGCAUCAGGAGAAUUAGAUCGUAUUCCAUCUCCACCGUCACGUCAUGACAAAUGGAAGAGAGCAAGACAAAGGCGAGGAGGGGAAUACACAUCAGAGGCUACCCGAGUUGUUGCUGAGAAAAUUGAUUCAUUGGCUGAAGAGACUGAACAAGGAACCUUUGUUUCACAAGGACGUGACGAUAUCUUGACAAAGGCAAUUGGAACAUCUGAGCAUGGUGGUCGUGUUCGUGGUGUUGGACGAUUUGCUAAUCUAAGCAACUACUUCGGAAGGUCUUCACGUCCAACACAGUCCCUAGAUGUUAAGGAGAUUGAAGCACAACUUGAGGCGAAACUUGAACAAAAACUUGCAGCAAAGAUUAAAGCAGAAUGUAAAGAAGAGUUUGAACAACAGUUGAUCAUGGCGAGUGAGAAGAUGCAACAAUCAUUUAUGGAGACGCUUAAGACUAUGGGUUUAUCUGAAAUCUCCCCAACAAACCAACAAGGAGAACAAAAUGUUCUUCUGCAUGGAAGCACAAAAGAAUCUUGUACCGCCGCACAAGAAAAUCACAAGGAGGACUCGACCACUGACAAUGUUCAGAGAGUGUUAUUCAUGUUUUUGAAACAGCAAAAACAUAUAUGUUUACCAUUACAACAUGAUCUUGCUGUAAAAAACUUUUGGAUUUCACCAAAGUGUAUCAGAGAGUUGUUGGUGGGUGAUGCUUGGCUUGACAUCUCUAUUCUACAAGUUUGGUGCACGUAUAUCCAUCGUCUAUGUGACGAAAGUAACAAAUCAGAUGUGUUUGGAAUUCUGGACCCAGUAUUCUUCAGUUAUCCAGAUUCCACAAAGUCUAAACAUAAAUUUCAAACAUACAUACAAGAAAAGUUGCGUGAUUUGGACAAAGUGUGUUACUUAGCACCAUAUCUUGAAAAGUAA